AUGGCUCGGCAAACAAAUUCUGGCAAACCUUGCCAUUUCGUUCCUUGCUGCGCACACAAACCGCUCAACAUGAGGUUAAUCACAGCUCGACCGGCCGUGCUUGGUGCCAAAGCUCGUGUAGCCGCUCCCCGAAGUCUGUCGGUUCUCGGUAGAAUCCGAUGUCUGCAGGUCGCGGCACCACAGCGCACCCGCGCCUCCCUGACACCUCUAAGAUGUGGCCCGAAAUUCUAUUCUCAGAUGGCGAGCGCACCCGAUGCAACGCCAAAUCAGAAGCAAGUCGAACCCGUUGACAGCAAGGAACAAAAGCGUCUCGCCCGCCUGCGCAACAUUGGCAUUGCUGCACACAUUGAUAGCGGAAAAACGACGGCAACAGAGCGCGUGCUCUUCUAUACCGGUCGCAUCAAGGCCAUCCAUGAGGUCCGCGGAAAGGAUGCAGUCGGCGCCAAGAUGGACUCGAUGGACCUGGAAAGGGAGAAAGGCAUCACCAUUCAAUCCGCCGCGACCUUUUGUGAUUGGAAAAAGGUAGAAGAGGGCAAGGAAGAGACUUACCAUAUUAAUCUGAUUGAUACUCCAGGCCAUAUCGACUUCACCAUCGAGGUCGAACGCGCGCUCCGAGUCCUUGACGGUGCCGUCAUGAUUCUUUGUGCCGUCAGCGGCGUGCAAAGCCAGACCAUCACUGUCGACAGGCAAAUGCGAAGGUACAAUGUGCCGCGCAUUAGCUUCAUCAAUAAGAUGGACCGCAUGGGCGCCAACCCCUUCAAAGUCGUCGAACAAAUCAACAAGAAGCUACGGAUACCGGCGGCAGCCCUACAAGUCCCCAUCGGCACAGAGGAUACGUUUAAUGGAGUCAUAGACUUGAUCCGAAUGAAGGCCAUUUACAACGAAGGUCCAAAGGGCGAAAUUAUCAGAGAAACCGAUGAGAUUCCGGAAAAUCUCAAGGCACUGGCCGAGGAGAAACGAGCCGUUAUGAUUGAGGUGCUGGCCGAUGUCGACGAUGAGAUUGCAGAGAUUUUUCUCGACGAGAGGGUACCUACCCCCAAACAGAUCAAGGCGGCCGUGCGCCGAGCCACCAUCGCACGCAAGUUUACUCCCGUCGUCAUGGGCAGCGCGUUGGCCGAUAAAUCGGUCCAACCCAUGCUCGACGCCGUAUGUGACUACUUGCCAGAUCCCUCCGAAGUGGAAAACUUGGCCCUGGAUCAGAGGCGUGCCGAGGCCCCGGUUAAAUUGACGUCCUACAAUUCGCUGCCCUUUGUCGGCUUGGCCUUCAAACUGGAGGAGAGUAAUUUUGGCCAGCUCACCUACGUCCGCGUAUACCAAGGAACCCUGAAGAAGAGUAUGAAUGUCUUCAACGCUCGAACUGACAAAAAGGUCAAGGUCCCGAGGAUCGUUCGCAUGCACUCGAACGAGAUGGAGGACGCCCUUGAGAUUGGUGCCGGAGAAAUCUGUGCUGUAUUUGGGGUCGACUGUGCCUCUGGUGAUACGUUUACCGACGGUGGACUUCCCUACUCCAUGACGUCAAUGUUUGUCCCCGAUCCCGUCGUAUCGCUCUCCAUCAAGCCCAAACACACCAAAGACGGUGCCAACUUCAGCAAGGCCAUGAGUCGAUUUCAGCGCGAAGAUCCUACAUUCAGAGUGCAUGUGGAUAUUGAGAGUGGCGAGACAAUCAUCUCGGGCAUGGGCGAGCUCCAUCUCGAUAUCUAUGUGGAGAGGAUGCGACGAGAGUAUCGGGUCGAAGUUGAAACCGGACAGCCCCAAGUCGCCUACCGUGAAACUGUCACGCAGCCCGCCAAAUUUAAUCAUACCUUGAAGAAGCAGACAGGUGGAGCUGGAGACUUUGCCCGCGUAGCCGGUUAUAUGGAGCCUAUUCCCCAAGAUUCACAUGGCUUCAGUCCUGCCCAGUUUCGCGAGGAGAUUGUCGGCGGCGCCAUCUCGGAAAAGUUCCUCUUUGCCUGCGAAAAAGGCUUCCGCGCAUCUUGCGAGAAAGGGCCGCUGAUAGGGCAUCCCGUGCUCGCCACCCUCAUGGUGAUUGAUGAUGGCGCCAUACAUUCUACUGAUUCCUCGGAGCUCGCCUUCAAGAAUGCGACGCAGCAGGCCUUUCGCAAGGCCUUUAUGGACUGCAAGCCCCAGAUCCUCGAGCCGGUCAUGAAAACGACGGUGAGCUCGCCAAACGAGUUCCAAGGUAACAUCGUCGGCCUCCUCAACAAGCGCAACUCAAUCAUCAACGAUACCGAGACCGGGCCCGAGGACUUCACCCUCAAUGCCGACUGCAGCCUAAACUCCAUGUUUGGCUUCAGCUCUCAAUUGCGCGCCGCGACGCAGGGCAAGGGAGAGUUUAGCAUGGAAUUCAGCCACUACAGUCCUGCUCCUGGCCAGCUACAGAAAGAACUCAUUGAAAAGUAUUUGAAGCAGCAGGCCGAAAGACACAAGAAGUGA